UCACAACCACAGUGGGCUUGGACAUGGCAGUAUAGCUGUCUGCUUAUUAAUUCACAAAAUCUGUCGGCAGAGCAUCGCAGUCGAAAUUUUAGUUAUCCCCCUUUAGGUAAUUGUCAAAUCUCCAAAUUUCUGGGACACCUGCAGCCACGACAGAAUGGUGCGUGUGAUCGAGGACAUGUUCGGCAUCGCCGUUAAUCCGAUAACACAGAAGACGGAUCGGAUCCGGCGUUUCACGCUGAGCACGGAGCGCGGUAUGUCGGUGUCCAUCCUGACGAUGGGCGCCACUAUUCAGUCGCUGAAGGUGCCUGACUUCAACGGUAAGUUGGAGGAUGUGUGCUUGGGCUACGACGACGUGGCUGGGUACUACCGGAACCAGCCGAAUUACUUCGGAUCCACUAUCGGCCGAGUGGCUAAUCGCACAGCCCACGGGCGCUUCAAGCUUUGCGGCAAGGAGGUGAAUGUGAGCCGGAAUGUUCGGGAUCGGUACCACAUGCACGGCGGAUUCGUGGGCUUCGACAGCGUCAUCUGGGACGUGGUGGGUGUGCACAAGGACGGGGUUACCCUGCAGCACAUUUCACCGGACGGACACGAGGGCUAUCCGGGCGAACUUACAACUAAUAUUAACUUUUCACUAAAUGAAACUGGCUGCUUUGGAAUGCGGAUCGAGGCGCGGACGAAGGCCACUACGGCGGUGAAUAUCUCGAAUCACACCUACUUUAACUUGGCCGGACAGGGGGCGGGGAGAGAUGCUUUAUACCAGCACAUGCUGAUGAUCAAGGCACAGAAGAUCGUGGACGUGGACCAGGAGCUCUUGCCCACUGGAAAGUUAAUGCGUGUGCGCACCACUCCCUACGACUUCUCCAGUUUGGUAAGUCUGGGCAAGCGGCUUAAUAUGGUGGCCUCUUGCCCUCUGGGCGGCUUCGACAACAACUUCUGCGUGGACGCCCCGCCCAAUCGGGUGCAGUUGGUCGCCCGGGUGGUGCAUCCCUGCAGCGGACGGUUCAUGGAGGUCCACACCAACCAGCCGGGCCUGCAGUUCAGCACGGCCAAUAACUUGCCGGAUGAGGACUGCGGGGACAUCCCGAACGUGGGCAAGGACGGGGCACACUAUGUCCGCCAGGGAGCCUUCUGCAUACAGACCCAGAAGUAUCCGGACGCCAUGAACCACUGCGACUUUCCUUCGAUCGUUCUGAAUCCCGGGCAGCUAUACGACCACCAGGUAGUCUAUCGGUUUGGCGCCUGCCCCAAGCGGGUAUAGUUGGAUCAUUUUCAGAUCGCGGAGCUAGGAAAAAGGUCCCCAAGGAGUGAAAAGAGGAGCGCACCCAACACUUGCGAAAUUUAAUGUAAACCGAGGUGUUAUCUUUCGGCUUAGUAAUUAACUUGUUUGGCACCCUUGGAAAAUAUUAUUUUACCAACAUUUUA